AUGGAACACCCAGCUUUUACAUUGAGUGCUUUGACCACCAUCGGUGGUGUUGUGGGCUACAUGAGGAAGAAGUCCCUGCCAUCGCUAGUGGCAGGUUUGACCUUUGGUGGGCUGUACGCUAUUUCUGGCUACCUAUUGCACUUGAACAGGGACUAUGGUCUUGAACUGGCUCUAGGAUCAUCUGCGCUGUUGACUGUUAGCGGUGCGAUGCGUGGUGGUGUCAAAACACCUUUGAAGCCCAUCCCAUUCCUGUUGACAGUGUGUGGUGCUACUGGUUCCUACUACUACUGGAGUAAGUACAAGGAGUUCUACCCAUGA